GCCCAUAACAUGUCCCCUCAGUUAGACCCAAAGAUGUGAUUUUCAUCUUUCUCUCCACUGCACUAUCCCUAUUCUUCUACUUUUUCCUUUUAUUUUUUAACGAUCAUUUCUUGCCAAAAAUACCCACGAAUUCCUCUGGAACCAAGAUCAAUCUCACUCAUCAUGUCAGGUGAUAUAGCCACGGAUUCUGCUGAAACCUCCGCACGAUCCUCCGGUAACCACCACAAUCAACCUCAGCCGACGCCUCCGCUGAGCCGAUACGAGUCACAGAAACGGCGAGACUGGAACACUUUCGGGCAGUACUUGAAGAACCAAAGGCCACCGAUUGCACUAUCACAGUGUAACAGCAACCAUGUUCUUGAUUUCCUCAGAUAUCUGGAUCAGUUCGGGAAGACUAAGGUCCACCUACGCGGUUGCGUCUUUUUCGGACAACCUGACCCGCCCGCUCCUUGUACUUGUCCACUAAGGCAGGCCUGGGGGAGCCUUGACGCACUGAUCGGACGCCUAAGAGCUGCUUAUGAAGAGCAUGGCGGGUCUCCGGAGACUAACCCUUUUGGAAACGGAGCAAUCCGAGUUUAUUUGCGUGAAGUGAGAGACUGUCAAGCGAAGGCCAGAGGGAUUCCUUAUAGGAAGAAAAAGAAGAAGAAGACUCAAAUUCAACCCAACGUCGACGAGCCUAUGCCAUCUUCCAAGCGGCAGCCCUCCUCGCUAGCUGCCUAGGAUCUUUGGAUUCUUCAUAAAUGAAUGAUGGGAUGGGCAUUCAGACAAGAAGCAAAACAGGCAGGGUGGAGGGAAAUGAUUUAAUGGGAGAAAAAUGAGGUUCAAUUUAGCACUACUACUAUAACUACUGCUACUGCUUUAAUUCAUGUAAUGGUUUUUGCAUGAAGUAGUACCUAAUAUGUUGUUUACACAAUACUAAUUAGUUAAUGUUGUUGUCGUCGUCGUCUUAGUAAACCUUAAUAUAUGUGGGUGGAACGGUUGUUAGGU